AUGGACAUUGAAAAGCUGGCAAGGAGGAAAGAGGAAGUGGAGACAGUGCCACCGGUCAACAGGCGGUCGCUCAAUGACGAACAGUUGCUCGCUGCCCUGGGCCACAAGCAGGAGCUGCAGCGGGAUUUCUCGAUAUGGUCUCUUGGCUCCUUGUGUCUCUGCUUGAUGGCCACGUGGGAGGCACUGUCAUCAGUUGUUGCUGCCGCCUUGAUCAGUGGUGGUGCACCUUGUCUCUUUUACAACUACAUUAUAUCCUUCGCGGGCACCGUGGCAAUUGCCCUCUCACUUGCUGAGAUCUCCAGCAUCUGGCCGACGGCGGGAGGCCAAUAUCACUGGGUCGCUGUCCUCGCACCACGAGGCUCGAGAGUCGUCGCGUCCUGGUUCACGGGAUGGAUCUCUGUUGGAGGUCAAAUCGUCCUGACCGCAUCCGCAGCCUUUGCAGCUGGCCUCCAGUUUCAAGCCUUGAUCACACUGAAUCAUCCCGACACAUAUGUCCCCCAACGAUGGCAGGGAAUGUUGUUUUACUGGCUCGUCUUGCUCUAUGCUGCAGCGGUAAAUAUCUGGGGUUCGAAGAUCCUACCUCAUACCAACCUCGCCUCUGGCGUCUUGCACAUCCUCGGGUUCGUCGCCAUCUUCAUCGUGCUUGGGGUCAUGGCGCCCAAACACUCUGCCGAUUAUGUGUUUGCCCAGGUGUCGAAUUCGAGUGGCUGGAGUAGUGAUGGAGUUGCAUGGCUCAUUGGGCUCCUCAGCUCAGUCUAUCCAUUUCUCGGGUAUGAUGCAGCUGCACAUCUUUCCGAAGAAAUGCCCAGGCCAAGUCGCAAUGUGCCAAUCGCCAUGGUCGGUUCUGUCGUCGCCAACGGCAUCAUCGGAUUUGCAUAUUGCCUGAUGCUCCUGUUCUCUCUUGGUGAUCUACCAAGCCUCCUCGAAUCGCCCACUGGCUUUCCCUUCAUGCAACUAUAUCUCAACGUCACCAAAUCCCCUGCCGGAGCAACCAUUCUGUCGUUGGUAAUAUGUCUGAUCGCCACUGCUGCAAAUGCUGCAGGUCUGACAUCGACGAGCCGUACAUUCUGGGCCUUUGCACGAGAUGAGGCGACUCCCUUUGCGAAAUACUUUGCGCAUGUCGAUAGCAAGCUCAAAGUCCCGGUGCGGAUGAUCGUUCUUGUCUCAGUGCUCCAAGGAUUGCUGGGUUUCAUCUAUCUCGGGAAUACCACGGCUUUCAAUGCCAUUCUAUCUAUGGCAAUCAUCGGCAUGUAUCUGUCUUACCUGCUGCCAGUCGUCUACAUGGUCAUUUACGGAAGAGUGAAGCUAUCCAAAGACGAGUACGGACCUUUCAAACUCGGCAAGUGGGGAGGAGUUCUCACCAACGUCCUUGCAAUUGUGUGGCUCAUUUUUGCCAUGAUCUUCAGCACAUUCCCAAACUUCCAGCCAGUGACCGCCCAGAAUAUGAAUUAUUCGACCGUGGUGCUGGCUGGUUGGGUUGGGGGCGGCGCUUUGUACUACUUGUUCAGAGGCAGGAAGGUUUACACUGGACCCGUGAUCGAGACGGAGUCGUCAGUGUUGGCUGCGAUCGGAGCAUAA